AUGGCCGAUGUUGAACCUACUGUCGUUAGCCAUGCAGUACGUCAUGGCAGAGAGUACGUGGAGUACUCUGACGGUUCACAAUGGACCCGCAAAGUAGAUCGCAAGACGGGCAAGCCCCGUAGUGAAUGGACAGCAAUUGAGGCGCCGGUGGCGCAAGAGACUGAGCCCGCAACCCUGUAUCUCUGUGUUGUCGUUCAACACCAGGCUGAAAAUGAGCCUAAACACUGGUCUUUGUUCUCCUACCGACCUGACGACACAGGGACUGCUAGGGGCCAAGUUUGGCAGGUCAAGGGCGACGCAGAACAUAUGCGCCACCAGCACGCCUCCGACACCGAUAUUCUGAACUCUGCGUCCUUUGCUUGGCCAGAGUCGACCAAAUUGCACGGUCGGAGGCGGCACCGCGUGCCGCAAAUCGGGCUGCUGUGA